UGAUUUAUACCAAUCGAAUGCAAACAACUCUGCUAACCCCUCCUUAUCAACAUAUCAACAAAAUCAAUCAAGUAAUCUUCUGGUAACACAAAAACAGUUGAUGUAAUCAUUUUGUUUGUUUUGUUCUCUUUGGCUCUCGAUUUCGAUAUCCAUUUCCAUUUCUAUCUGGAAUUUAUUUUCCUUGUACGAUAGAAUAUAUCGAUUUAUUUGUCCAUCUAGCAUUCCCUCACCACUCAACCCUUUAACUCGAACAUCAAUCUUAUCCCGUUGCUUUUCUAGCCUUUCCAGCUUUGCCAUUACAGUUUAUUGUGCGAGCGCACUCUCGAUCAGCUUUUGUGAUUCUCCCGGCUGAAUUUCUGUGUUUGCUUCUCCUCGAUAGUCAACAAUAUCCGCCAUGGACGUUGCUAAGAAGUUGAUACCAUGGGCAAGGCCACUUCUUCUGGUUAUUCUGACUGCUGUAGCUGGCUAUGCAUACUCACAAAUUCGCGCCCUUUCCCUUCCUGUCUCCCAAGCUCUCGCACUAUUUACGGUCGUCCUACCCCUCGUCACUGGAAUAUCUACACAAGGUGCCGUUGGAUUGAUCCAGCGGGCGAAUAAGAAGGAACAAAAUCAGCUCACGCUGCCACUAAUUGCUGUUAUUGGUUUCCAGUUGGUCUACGAAACUAUUGUUGCUACUCUCGCCCUGACAUAUAUGAUACCACCAAAAUCAUUACACUGUGGGCUGGAAGAUGCAUGGCAUAGUCUAUUCAGUGCAAAGGACGAUAGAAAGAUAAGUGCAAUUCAAGAUGCGUUGAAUUGUUGCGGUCUUCAUUCUAUGGCUGAUAUGGCCUCGCCGAUCAAGAAUCAAAAGGGUCCCGGGAGUUGCGAGGCUUUGACGGACCGCUCACAAAGCUGUUUUGGCCCCUGGAGACAAGCGGAGCAGAUAAAUGCUGGCCUACUUCUACUUGUUGCCAUCGUCAUUUUCACCAUCAAGGUGGUUUCUAUCAUUAAUCUGCUUACCACCUCCUUCUGGAGACGCUCGUACUGGUCUCGACCCAUUCACAGCAUAACGAGUGGUGAUACCGAAGCGCCAGAAGAAGACAAUAGGGCAGAGACAAGACGGCUAAUCGAGGAAGGCGAUGAUGAAGAAGAAUCUUACCGAGAUGAACCCACUCAAAGACGCCUCUCGGGACUGAAUGGUUCGGGCCAUGGCCAAGGACCAAGAGUCGAGCCUUCUCGCUUGUCACAAAAUUAUUAGGCAAUCUCGAUAUUUCAAGCAUACAAUAAGCUUAAGAAUGAGAUGCAUGAGGCUCAACAAGAAUCCUAGUAUCCUGGUCGAUAAUCUGGGGCAUUUAUCUCCACUUGGGGCAGUUUCUGAUUUGUGUAAGAUGAUUGGGGCGGAUCUGGGGAAAGCGUGAAGGGUGAUGAAGGGCGAAAACGAGAAAUAGCUGAUGAUGACAUUGAGAGACAUAUUUUCUGAUUUUGGUUGUGACGUGAUAUGAUCAGAUGGCGCCAUUUACAUUUAUCCUUCCAUUUUAUCCUACAAUACAAGUGCAUCUUGAUAUAAACUCUCGAAACACUUCACUUGGGGCGUAAUCAAAAUCGGUACUUUUAUCCUGAUGGUUCUGAUAUGAAUCCUGGCACCUACAUGAUGCUAAUCCCAAACACGUGAUUACGGGCGAAUCAUUAGGCUGAGUGAGGAAGGGUAUAUGAGGGUAUCUAGAUACGACGAGCACUCCAUAGAAGAAGUAUCGAAAGGUCGCUGAUGGGGCCAUUGGAAAGAUAGACAGACAUACCUGAAGCGAUAAAUUUAUUUUUGGUAUAAAUACCCAUUUUCCAUAUAUUUUAUAUGUCGAGAGAAG